AGGAGUGAUCCAGGCUUGCUGGGUUGUGAUGUGAGACACACACACUCACACGGUGAAGGCUACGGUCACACAACCCCCACACGCACCGUCUCAUGACAGCUGGUACCGAAACCUGAACGAGGCGUCGGGCUCGGGCGGGCAAACAAUCACCGGUGUGCUGCUGCUGGAGGGAAGCAUCAAUGCCUCCAGGUUCCCUCUCACAUAUCGGCCUGGACCUGUUCUCAUCAUCGGGCCUCCUGCGCUGAGAUAAUGAAAGGAUGGCCGAGCAGCGUUGCGGGGACCACGGAGGGCUGACGGAUGCUGCUGCAGCGAUGAAUUCAAAGGAGGAGGCAGCAGCGGAGGGUCUCUCUCUGGAGGAGAUACUGGGGCUUUAUGGCCAGCCCAUCAAUGAGGAGCAGGCAUGGGCGGUGUGUUACCAAUGCUGCAGGACGCUGGCGAAGGGACACCGGGGCAGGAGGAGCUGCUCCGCCGCAGCCGGAGCAUCAUCAGCGGCGGCUCCAAUGAGGAUCUCCGGACCGGGGGAUGUUAGGAUACAGAAAGACGGGUCUGUGAGGGUGGAACAACAGGGCUGUGAAGGUACAUACAGCCCUUGCACAACAACAGAGGUGAUUGAGUCUCUGGGCAUCAUGAUCUACAAGGCUCUGGAUUACGGGCUGAAGGAGAAUGAGGAGAGGGAGCUCAGCCCUCCUCUUGAGGAGCUCAUCGACCUCAUGACCAACAUGGCCGAGGCUGAGAAGGACGCCUGCCCCGAUGAAGGCUAUGAGGCCACAGAGGAAGAGGACGAGGCAGAGGAUGACCCUGACAAUAUCUCCAGUGUUCACGGCUACAGAGAUAUCCUCAAGCUGUGCACAGCUCAUCUACCCAGUCUAUCAGACGCCCAGAGUCACUACCAGGCAGUGUGUCGGGCUCUGUACACAGAAACCAGGGAGCUACGCACUUUCUUGGAGAAGAUCAAGAGUGCCAAAGAGAACCUGCGUAAGAUGGAGAAAGAGUCAUCAGAAGACCCUAGCCGAGACCUGAAUGAGCUACAGAAUGCUGAUUGGGCAGUGAUUAAAGAACUUCUCAGGAACCAUGUUGAGAUGGAUAGAACCACUCCCCUUGAUGAACCCUCCUUAUUCUGUGUGCACAGAGAGGCUCGAUUCUGGGUUCAGGUGAUGAGGGACCUGCGUGAUGGAGUCAAGCUGAAGAAGGUGCAGGAGCGCCAGUACAACCCUCUGCCCAUCGAGUACCAGCUCACUCCCUACGAGAUGCUCAUGGACGACAUCAGGUCCAAACGAUACAAGCUGCGCAAAGUCAUGAUAAAUGGAGACAUCCCACCCAAGUUAAAGAAGAGUGCUCAUGAAGUCAUCCUGGAGUUCAUCAGGUCCAGACCACCUCUCAACCCUGUGUCAGCUCGUAAGCUGAAGCCACAGACUCAGGCUCCGCCGACACUGCAUGAGCGCAUCCUGGAGGAAAUCAAAGCAGAGAGGAAACUUCGACCGGUUUCUCCUGGUGAGGUCCGCAGGGGAAGGCUGGUAAUUCGGCCACUUAGCAUGUCUUUCAGUUUUGAUGCGUCAGGUAAAGUCUGCUUACCUGGCCUUUUAUCUCUUUCUGUUUCCCUCCUUGUUGUGGCUGCUCUACCAGCCUGCACACUCUGCACACACAUCAAACAUGAGUUUAGUCCAUACAUGGGCAGGAGGACGUCCAGCAGUCUGUCCCUGACCAAUGGAUCAGCAUCUCCCAGGGCAGAGCCAUCUGGAUCUCACUCUGUUCCUCAGAGGAAGAGGCUCCUGAAGGCCCCCAGCCUCGCCGAGCUGGACAGCUCUGACUCUGACGAUGAGAUUGUUGGGCGCAGAUCGGCCAGCAGCUCCAGUGUGGCUACAUCUUUGAUGGAUGAUACGUCCCCAGAGUCUGCGCUGGGGAAGAAAACUCCCCCCAUGUUCCUGCCAAUCUCCUCUACACCCCAGCCAGAGAGACGUCAGACCCCGCAAAGGAGACACUCCAUCGAGAAGGAAACCCCAACCAACGUACGACAGUUUCAGCCGCCCUGCAAAAAGAGCUCCAAGUCUCUGGUUGGAAUGAUAGCUUCAAAUCGUCCCUGGAGCCCCCUCCUCCUCCUCCGCCCUUCUCCCUCCACUCUACACCCUUUGCGGAGCUCCCACCCUAUCGAAACAUUUGUGUUGGGGUUGAUGAAGGCAGUGUUUGCUCUGUGCAAGGGCAUUUACAUCAGAGGAAGAGAGUCGGCUAAGGAGGAGUUCUGUUUCCCCGUGGAGUGCCUGUCUCUGACCGUGGAGGAAGUGAUGCACAUCAGACAGGUGCUGGUUAAGGCAGAACUGGAGAAGUUCCAGCAGUACAAAGACAUCUACAACGCUAUGAAGAAGGGAAAGCUUUGCUUCUGUUGUCGAACCAAAAGGUUUUCCUUUUUCACCUGGUCCUACAUCUGCCAGUUUUGCAAAAAGCCUGUGUGUUCACAGUGCUGCAAAAAGAUGCGGCUGCCAUCCAAACCUUAUUCCAGCUUGCCCAUCUACUCCAUCGGCUCGACCAACACUCUCCCCAGGGACAGGGUAAGUGCCAUUGCUGCUGUAGGACAAGGUCUCUCUGUGGCUGCAGGGCCGGGGCCAUCAGCAGUGGAAGGGGCCUCAGCAUCCCCAACUUUGAGAGGAGUGACAACAGAAGCAUCUAAAGGAGCUGCAAAAGCCUCUGGAGCAGCAGCUGCUGCUAAAUCUGAGAAAUCCUCCAGUAGCCCACAGCGCCACGGCAUUCAGAAGACCAUUUCCAAGCUUUCUAAGCACGGCUCCUUAAAGUCCCAUGAAGAACUGGAGCUUCCCCCGGAGCUGACAGAGGACUGGGCCACCAUGGAGGUGUGUGUGGAUUGCAAGAAGUUCAUCACUGACAUUAUCGCCUCCAGCAAGCACAGCCUGUCCCUGGCCACUAAGAGAGCUCGCCUAAAACGCAAGACCCAGUCCUUUUACUUGUCCUCCCCUAAAGGAAGGGAGGAGUACCGGCCCUCUGAACGAACAAUCAAGGAGAUCUAAAACUCUUUAUCUCUCUCUAUCUCUGGCUGCUUCCAGCUCCAAUGGCACAAUUAUAAAGACUCAACACUGGAUAUGAUCUUACAGUAAGUGUAUACAUUCAGAUUAAGCUGUCAGAAGGCUGAUGUGAACCUCAGCGGUGGACAAUGUGGUUUUUGUUUCUGUGUCCUGAUCACCAUGUACAGCUUCUUCAGACAUAUACUGUAGAUCUGCCAAUCUUUUUUUUUUUUUUUUACCAUAUCAUAGAUGAUCCUUUAAUCUCUGGCCACAGUGUUUGAGUAAAGAGACAAGCACUAUUGUGAUGGCAAUGCCUCAAAGUGGAAUGACAUCCCUCUCCUCUGAUGGCACAACAGCGCGGUCCAACCCAACUCACACUCAAAUCAAUAAGCACAAGAAGGACUGAUGUGUGUUUGACUUCUUCAGGCGCUGGCACUGCAGAAGACACAAGGCCUGCAAAGAGAUCGCGUUGUAAACUGAGAGUGACACUCAAGAAAAUAUGGAAUAUGAAACUGUACAUUUUGUAUGGGUUUUAAUUUAGUUUUUUACGUGUGUGUACAGUAAAUGAUUGUUCGAUGAAAAGUCACCCUUUGUUUUAUUUAGCUUAUGACGCUCAAUGAGACUUUCCUCCACUUUCAUCUUCACGAAGCAUGCUUGAGAGCAUGUUUCGGAUUUUCUUGAGAAAGCAGAGGAAAAGUCUUUGUGUCUGUUUUUUUCAUUUUGUCAGAAAACAUAAUCUGUUUUUAUGCAGAUUUAGUGCCAAAUAAUAACAUCUUCCUAACCUGUAUGUCACCCAAGGAAAAGUCAUUCCCCAUUGAUGUAUGUUUACAGCCGUCUUGCAGCAAAAUGACGUUUAAAAAAGUGCAAAUAUUCAAGACUAAAUAAGCAUUAAGAGUUUAACACUCUGCUGAUUUGCUUCAUAAGGACUGUGUGGUUAGGAUUCCAUUAGGUCGAUUGACUGCGAUCGAUCUUAGCAUUGCUCUAACAUGAAGUCAGGGGACUUGAAGCUGCAGAGGCUGAGAUAUUUAGUGUCCAAGCUAAAAAAAAUACUAUAGCCUACAUCUCCCAUGAAAAAAAAAAAUGUUGUGUUCAUGUUGGACUCUAUUACUUAUAGUGAGAAGCAGAUGAAAGAAAUAUGUUUUGAGGCCCUUUAAGCGCAUUUCUUAACCAUACAUUUACACUGUACGUUCGUAAUAAACAACUAUUUUUACUUAAAUCACUCAGAUGUGCAAACAAGCAGGUAUAGAAACAACAAUCAAGAUUUUUCAGACUUGCCUUUUAAUCAUUUACAGGAAAUACCGGCAUAUUUUUGCAUUUUUAAAUACCUAUGAAUGAAUGCGUUGGUAAAUAUAUAGUAUGUAUUAACUCCUUCACUUUUCUUUACAUUAAGUUCCUGACUCGUAUUUGUAUUGUGUAAAGAUUAGUCAUAAUAAAACGCCUCAUGUUGAUGUUUUUGUACAGCUGUACACUUUAUGAAACCCAGUUCACUGCAAAUAAUAACAACAUACUGUCUUGCCGUUCAACACACACUGUAAGUCUUAAUAUAACGCCUUUAUGAUUUCUCCAUCAUUCAGAGUCUCAUUGGCAGGAAGAAGUACCUGACCUGUGGCCUGGAUGUCUAUUUGAUUCUUCAUCACAUUCCUCAUUUCCCUCCUUAAGAUGUUUCUGCCUUAAGAAUUGCCUUUUAUGAUCGCACUCAUAUGUUGAACAGUCAUCUACUGUAACUGUACAUACUUUGUUUCUAAUGGUUUAUUUGUAGAUCAGCUCUGUGUUGCCUCAAUGGUAUCUUGACAGUGAGACUGCUGUAGAUCUGUGUCUCUGAGAGGGAAACUAUCCCAGUACUGUGUGUUCAGGGGAGGAGUGGGAAGUCCACACAAGAAACCUCACAGUAUGACAGCCUCAUGCAUGUACUAUGGUGUAGCUUGUACCUUCAGUCUGUAUUACCUUCAAGCUGUAACUCCCUGCAGAGAGUGCAACAAAUGAUGACUACAAGAAUAAACUGUAAUGCAAUACCUGA